CAAAUUAACUACACGUCAAACAAAAAUCCGAGAAAUGCUUGGUUGAUGAUGUGUUUUUCGGUCGUUUAAUCGAAAAAUAAAUUAACUUAAUGAAACUUUUAUUAUGUCGGUACAUCGUUGUUGACCUAAACUAAGACAGGAACAUGAAUUUCAAUGCUUCAAGAAAUGUGGCUGCGGGCGGGCCUCGCAAACCCAAGCGUGUGAGCGAUGUGACAGCAAUGGGAGCCCCCACUCCUGCACCAUCAUUUGGCCCGACACCUGCUUACAACCCAGCAUAUGCCCAGGGUCCUCCGCCCCCUUACUCACAGGGGAUCCAGUUGGAUGGAGCUCAAAACUUUGCUGCCCCUGAUCCUGCUGGCAAUUUUGGCUACAUGGGUGGGUUUGCGCAGUCUCCUAUGGCCUCUCCAGCCAACAUUGGCUCCAUGCUUCAGCAGCCCAUUGUACAGGAUAUGGCGAUGCAAUACGGCAACCAGUUGGCAGCUCAGGGUCGGGAAGUGGUGAAGAGGGAGCUGGACAAGUUUGUGCCAGUGUCGCGACUGCGGUACUACUUCGCGGUGGACACCAAAUACGUGCUGAGCAAAUUGCUGCUCAUCCUGUUCCCAUACAGACAUAAGGAGUGGAUGGUGAAGUACGACCAGGAGAACCCGGUGGCGCCGCGCUACGACGUCAACGCGCCAGAUCUGUACAUCCCUUCCAUGGGCUACGUCACCUAUGUGCUGCUGGCUGGGUUUAUGCUGGGUCUCCAGCACCGAUUCUCCCCAGAACAGAUCAGCAUACAAGCAUCGAGUGCACUGGCAUACAUCAUAUUCGAGAUGGUUCUCUAUCUUGUGACGCUAUAUAUCACAAACACCACCACAGCACUCAAGACCCUGGACCUGCUUGCGUUCUCGGGCUACAAGUACACUGUGAUGAUCUUCAGUCUGCUCGGGGCUCUGAUGCUGGGCCCCAUGGGCUACUACUGCUGCCUGGUGGUGUGCAGCUUUGGCCUGUCCUAUUUCCUGGUAAAAACCCUCCGACUGCAGCUCCUGUCAGGCUCAACACAGGCGCCCGAGCAGCCAAGCUACGGUGGUUACGCGACCAACUACGCGGCGCCCAACCCAUACGCAGAGAGCUGGACUAAGUCGUCCAACAGUGGGACCAAACGACGGGUGUACUUCCUACUAUUUGUGGCUAUCACACAGCCGCUGCUGUCGUGGUGGCUCACUUACCAUCUAGUGCCCUCUAGUGCUGCAUUGCCCGUGACGUCAGCUCGAUAGCAUUACGAACCCUAGAACAAAAGUGUGAAGUGAUGAGUGUUUUCAUGUUAUCCCUAAAUAUGGACAAACUUUGAUGAAAUCAAUGUGACACCCCAAUCCAUGCUUGAUAUUAUAAAU